AUGGACUUAUACCUUGAGCAGAUCAACUCCGCGGCCCAAUUGAUCCGGGCUCAGCUUCUGGCCACGGAUGGCCAAGAGGACAAUGCCUAUGAAACCAGUAUCGCUAGCUUCUUCUCCAGGUCUACGUUAGAAGUGAAGGGUGCCCGCAAACGAUUGCACGAGGCGCUCUCAGGAUUGCAGCGGAUUUCGACUGGGCCAAUCGAGUUGUGGGAGCAAAUGACGCUGAACCAUCAAUACUUGAGUUGUCUUCGCUGGGUGCUACAUUUCAAAAUACCUACUAUCAUUCCAACAAACAACGCAGUUCCUUAUACCGAGGUCGCGAGGAUAGCCAAUGUUCCAGAUCAUCAGCUCCGCCAUGUGGUUCGAAUGCUCAUCACAAACGGUAUCUUUGCUGAACCGAGUCCGGAAAGCAUGACCCAUUCUCACCUGUCCGCGAAACUUGUUGCUGGCUCCUUGUACCUGGACGCUCUUCAUUUUCUGACUGAAAUAACGGCUGCUACAACGUACCGCAUGGCAGAGAUGACGGCACAAUACCAUGGGAGCGAAAAGCCCAAUGAAACAGCUUUCAACAUUGCUUUGCAGACAGAGCUACCUUUUUUCGGCUAUCUGAGUCAGAACCCUGACGUAGCAGCCAGGUUAGCGGCAGGGAUGAAGGUGCUAGGGAGCCAGGACGGAACCCACACGAGGCACCUAGUCAAUGGGUUUGGAUGGCAGAAAUUGGGAAGGGCCAAGAUAAUUGAUGUUGGUGGCUCAUCGGGCCAUGCUUCGAUCGCUCUGGCAGAGGCAUAUCCAGAUCUCACAUUCGAAGUUCAAGACUUGGCCGGGGUGAUAGCCAAGGCAAAAGAGACACCACUGCCGGCAGCAGUCGCAGGCCGUAUAACGUAUAGGGUGCAUGACUUUUUCCGUCCGCAGCCCGCAUCCUCUUCAGAUGCUUCUGUGUUCCUGGUGCGGUUGGUUCUACAGAAUCAUUCCAUUAGCGCAGCACAAGCCAUCUUACGCAACAUUUCCUCUGCUAUGGGGCCUGGCGCAUUUCUAUUGAUCAACAAUACCCUUCUGCCCAGGCCUGGGAGUGUCGGGCUGACGGAGGAAGCUCUGGAAAGAGCGAGAAGCCUCUUCAUGAUGCAGGCAAUGAAUGGGAUGGAUCGCGACGAGGUUGAGUUUCAUGGUCUGGUAGAAGGGGCCGGAGCUGGUCUGAAGAUCACAGAGAUCGUAAGCCCGGGUGGUGGGGCCAUGGCCGUAAUCAUCGUUGAGAAGAAAAUAGAAUAG